AUGAGUCUAUUCAGGCAUAAGGCAGGCGAGGCUUUGGCAAAUUUGCGAGAGUUUAGUUUCAAAAUCAAUAAAGAGCAGCCCGAGGAGCCGUUGGUGCAAGGCCUCAAUGAGCAUGUAAGGCGGGAGGUUAAGCAAGAGAGCGAAGGAAAGAGACUGUACAGUGAAUCUGUAGAGCAAACCGUUCGCAUAUAUCGGAACGAAAAAGCACCAGAAUGCAAUGUAUCUCCUUCGUUCGUCGAGUCCUCCGAACUCAAUGACCUCAAUGACAUAACGAAGGAGCUUGAAGACACCUGGAAGGAUGCCAUCAAGGAGGUUAUGAAGAAGCGCAAGGGCCAUAGUGAAGAUCUCGCUGAACUUAUCAAGGAUCCGACAGCGGACAAGCUCAAGGGGCUUGUGCGCGCGGUACAAGAUGAAUUGGAGGCCAAAAAACAGUCAAAGGGAGGCAGGGUGAAAGAAUGGUUCCGGAAAGUAGCCGCAAGGAUCUCCAACCAUCAAUACCUCCUCGAAAUGCUUCCCUCCGGAGACAAGUAUACCUCAAUCUUAAUCGGGGGGUUAACCGCCUGCAUUAAUGCUACAUUAGAACAUGAAGAGAUUGCUGAGCUAAUCUCAGACUGCCUCGAAAAGCUGUCCGACAAGACGCACAAGUUAUUCCAAACUAUCCGAAAUGCGAGUCGAAGCGAGUACAUCAAAGCCCAUAUCAUCAAGUUUUAUUCGAAUCUAUUCGGACUUCUAAUCCACAUACUCCAGGAGUGGCAACUCUCGCGAGCUCAGCGCUGGAAGAAUAGUUUUGGGAGCAGUUUCAGGAAUCGACUCCAAAGCUCGAUUGAGAGCCUCGACUAUCAUAUCAAAGAGUUGAGUGAUGAAAACAACUCAAUAAUAUUGAACGAGGUGCGCGAGGGGAUGGGUGCCCUAGUUCAGGCAUUUAUCGUUGGGUCACACUUGGAUUCAAAGCUGGGUACCACCCAUUCAGCCGUACCGUUGAAUCUGCUGAAUUACAUUUCAGGCGUUGCGGCUAAGGGUGAUGCUUCUCAGCCUAUCAGCCUCGGGUGGCCUCGGAUGCCUGAUGCUGCUCCUGUAGCAUGCGAAGCGUCCAAGCAAGAUAGACAUGACGACCAAAGCUGGGCCACUCAGACCAUCCUAGAAGACACGGCAUGGAUGACUGAUUACGUAUCGUCCGAGAGAGAGGCGAGCCUGCUUAUGGAGAGCAGCUACCUAUCCACGAACGCCCAGGUUUACCAUCGUCUACUACAAUGGACCACCUCUAUCUCGUCCGAGGCGCUAUGGCUCGAGGGUCCCGAAACGAUGGGAGACAUAAGCUCAAACGCACUGACCACAGCAUUCAUCGUCGACAAGUUUCGAAAACUACGUGUUCCCGUAAUCUCGUACUUCUGCUACUACAACCCGAAGGACUACCGGACAUUUUCCCGUCCACAAGAGCUCCUGAAGAUGGUGUAUGCUCUGAUUUCUCAGAUGGUGAGGUUGGUCCCGUCGGAUCUAUCCUCUGCAUUGGAUUCUGAAUACCUGCCGGAUCUCUCACCCGCUCGGAUUCGCCGCCUCAGUACAGACCUGAACUCGCUUCCAGAUGCAAUCGGCUUGUUGAGCGAUUUAUUACCCUUAGGCCCAUCGGUGAUCGCCUGCUGUGUGGAUGGUUUGCAAAUCCUAGACUUCCCGGAGGAGCCUCCCUGGUACCAAGAUUGUUUAAAGAAAUUUAUUGAAGUUUUGGCGACUACGAAACCUCCUCAUCCGCGCAUACGGAAGCUAUGGCUUUCCACUGACGGACACAGCUGGGCGCUUCAAGAGGCUGUCACUGCAGGGUGGAUUGAAGCCAACAACACAAAUAGUGAAGAUGACACGCAGCCGCUCGCAUUGAGAGCAAUGGACGUGGCUGGGGCUACUUAG